CUCAUCUCCUCCACCUACUUUACAACCCUCCCUCCUCCCUCAACCACACCACACACAACAAUGAAGUUCGCCGCCGCCCUCACCACCCUCGCCCUCGCCUCCGUCGUCGCCGCCCAGGCCGACGUUGAGGAGCGUCAGCUCGACUCGCUCUUCUCGGCCGCCACCGCCGGUGCCGCUUCCAUCGUCUCCGUUGUGACCGGCGGCGCCGCCUCAGUCGCGACCGACGCCAUCCCCUCCGUCUUCAGCCAGGCCACCUCGGGCGUCGCCAACGCCGGCGAGAAGGUCACCUCGGCCGUCGGCGGUGCCGCUGGUGCCGUCACUUCGGCUGUCGGCAGCGCUGGUGCUGCCGCCACCUCGGCUGUUGGCGGUGCUGGUGCCGCCGACACGACCGCUGUCAAGGUCGGUGGUGUCGCGCUCGCCGGUGUCGCCGCUGGUGUCUUUGCCCUUGCCUUUUAAGCAACCAAACCAAAGUCUCUGUAGCGGGAAUGUAGGCUCGUUCA